AAUCAUUUCACGAAUGGUUCAUGCGCGUUCCACACUGAUUUCAGUUCGUGGUACUGUUUAGUGUUUUCAUAGACGUUGAAAUAUUAUUUGCUUAUAAGUGCGUAGUUUUUACUAACAAAAAUGAAGAUUUUAAUGAGAGCGGAUACUCAUUAUAGUAUAGUUGUGAGUGGUAGUGAAUAUGAAAAACCGAAAUAUACUUUUUCUCAGGUUUUAGCAGCUGUCGCCGUAUCACUGGGAUCGAUGAUUGUGGGUUAUUCUUCUGCCUAUACAUCGCCGGCGCUGGCUACAAUGCAAAAUAGUACGACGAUAUCUGUUUCUGAAGAAGAGGCAAGCUGGGUUGGCGGUCUGAUGCCAUUGGCAGCGUUAGCAGGUGGGGUGCUCGGAGGGCCGUUAGUGGACUACAUCGGGAGACGACGAACAAUACUCUUUACAGCAGUUCCAUUUUUUAUUGGAUGGAUUUUAAUAGCUACAGCCAAAAUUGUCCACUUGGUACUAGCAGGGCGAGCAAUAUGCGGCCUCUGUGUAGGCAUUGGUUCCUUGGCCUUUCCCGUAUAUCUAGGCGAAACAAUCCAACCCGAAGUCCGUGGCACUUUAGGGUUGUUUCCUACUGCUAUCGGAAAUAUUGGCAUUCUUAUUUGUUACGUGGCAGGAAAAUAUCUCGAUUGGUCUCAACUAGCGUAUCUUGGUGCCUCUCUUCCCGUCCCAUUCUUACUGCUUAUGUUUAUGAUCCCUGAAACACCGCGUUGGUAUAUCUCCCGGGGACGAAACGAGGAAGCUCGCAAAGCCCUGCAGUGGUUACGCGGUUCUAACACCAAAAUUGACAAUGAGAUGCGCGAAAUAGCCCUUUCAGACGCAGAAGUUGAAAAUGCGUCUAGCAUCAAGGAAAUGUUGGAUAUAAAAUACCUGAAAUCUAUUUUGAUUUGCUUGGGCCUCAUGGCUUUUCAACAGAUGUCUGGAAUCAACGCGGUCAUAUUUUACACUGUUAAAAUAUUCAAAAUGUCCGGAAGUUCUGUGGAUGAAAAUCUAUCAACAAUAAUUGUGGGUCUUGUUAAUUUUAUUUCAACAUUUUUUGCUACGGCCCUCAUCGACCGGGCCGGACGUAAAGUAUUGCUUUACAUUUCAUCUGUUACAAUGACUAUUACACUUGUAGUUUUGGGUUCAUUUUUCUACGCACGUGAUGAUUUAAAGUCGGAUGUAUCGACGUUAGGGUGGCUUCCGCUUACAAGUAUUAUGAUUUAUUUGCUCGGAUUUUCCUUAGCAUUUGGUCCAAUACCGUGGCUUAUGAUGGGCGAAAUAUUGCCUGCUAAAAUAAGAGGAGCUGCUGCAUCAAUAUGUACUGCUUUUAACUGGCUGUGCACGUUCACAGUAACAAAAACCUUCCACAAUAUUUUGGUUGGUAUAGGACCAGCAGGGACGUUUUGGCUAUUUGGUUGCAUUUGUUUUAUAAGCUUAUUUUUUGUAGUAAUAUUCGUCCCAGAAACACGAGGCAAAAGUCUUGAGCAAAUUGAAAAUACUAUGACUGGCAGAGUAGCACCGAGAAGUCGUAGAAUGAGUUCUAUAGCAAAUAUAAAACCACUUCCUAGUGGUUGUUAGAUUAAAACAUAUAAUUGUAAUCAAAGGCACAUAGUUUUGUGAGUUGUCAUCAAGUAGUCAUAUUUAAAAUUCAUGGUCAUGUGUAAUUGGAGCUGUUAUAAGUACAUAAGUUAAAUUAGGGUAUAUUUGUUGUUUAAUUUAACUAUUUAAAUCACAUUGUGUAUGAUUUAAAUAAUCAAAUUAAAGAAUGAAUCAGAUACAUUUAUUGUUACUUAAACAGAUAUUUAUAUUCUUUUAGUAUGUACCUACAUGUUACAAGAAUUUCUAAAGAUUAAUAUUUUUUUGAAACACAUCUGAUUUUUGAAACAAUUAAAAUAUAUAAGUGUUUUUAAGUAUCAAAAUUAUUGUACAAUUUCAGAAACACAGGAUUUGUUAAAUUCUAAUUAGUUGUAAGAAUGUUUUACUUAAUAAACAAUUACUUAUUUUUAAAUAUUUAACUAUUUAUUGUAUAUGUAUAAUUAGUAUUAAAGUUAUUUU